AAAUCUCUUGCUGAUGUCUUACAUGUACGCGAUAGGACAAGCCCCGUGUCUUGAGAAAAAUCAUAGCCUCGACAAGGUUUGUUCAAGGGUAUCACUCAUGCCAGGAUCUAGAUGGCACCGGAAAGCGUGGAGAUUGGGCUUCUAGCGCCUCGUGAACCGCAGCGCGCCAAGCAACACUUCGACCAACAUCUCAUACAAGAUAAUGGACUCGGAUACAGGAGGCUUGUGAUAGAACCGACCAUGGGUAUAUAAACGUCGUAUGAAGCACGCAAUUUUUGUAUCCUGUCAGUCUUCACCCCUUCAUCCCCAUUCAAUCAACACUCUUCACUCAAACAUAUCUGCGAAGACAUAUUUCCAUUCACCAUGAAGCUAUCCGGAGCCAUCGCCCUAUUCUGGGCCCUCACUGUUGCGGGAGCAAAGCAGCGCAAUACUCGCAGAGAACUCACUGUUACCUCACGAAUCGACAAGCUCACAUGGGAUGACCCAAUCGUUAAGAAUGUUGCGCGCACCUUCCAGAUGGAUUCUGCCUAUAACAUAAGCUCCAUCAUCCAAGUCAACAGCACCAAAGCACCGUCCACCAAAAACAUCGGGAGCAUCAAGGCUCCCGCAGACGGAGGAGAAUGCAUUACCCCCGCAUACCCUCCUGUAACGGAGGACUGUGAAUCCCUGUGCGACAAUUUGUCCCAGACUCAAGGACCAUUGAUCGUGCAGCCGUUUGAAAUUUGGCAUUUUGAGGCGGGCCAAUGUCUAUAUGGCCUGGCCAACCUCGAUCCCUGCGAUGCUAUCUCGGUAGACCCGAUCAGCCAGCUAGGCCCGUACUGUGACUCUAUGUACUCGCAGUGUAUCGUCAAUGGUUACGAUGGUUACUACGAUGCUUCAUCGUCUAGAGCUGCGAUGGCGUUGACCGGUACCGCUGCCGCGCCGCCUUACCCCAACCCAGGAAACUGCUAGAUUGGUUGAAGCACUUUGUCGCGAGGCAGACGGGGAAGGGGAUGAUACAAAUCUGAGUUGGUCACUCAAGUCAACCAUGCCAACUAAGUUGAAACAACCAGAUUCAAGAUUGAAGGAUG